CAUAACCCACUACGACAGAGACGCGCGACGGAAAUACGUCAAUGAAAAAAGCAUUGCUGUAAAUUGAGUUUUUUUUUUAUUUGCAGUGCUGACGAACCACUGCCAGCUGUAAAGCUGUCAGCGUUCUGGUUCAUAUUUUAACCCAGUCUUUCUUCUGUCAGCUCUAUCCACACAAGGCAGCAUGGGCCGGGGCUACAUAGUGGAAGAUGCUGUGGAGGGAUAUCUGUCCAAACUCUGUGAAAUACGAGCAGGUCCAGUCACUGGUCUGCUUAUUGGACAGAGCUCAGCCCAGAGGGAUUUUGUCGUCAUGGCAGCUCGAACACCUCAAAGGGAGGAGUCCUCUUCAACAGCUGGAAACUCUCUGGACAAGGAGUGGGUGACUGAGCAUGCUCGACAGGUGUCUCGAAUGCUGCCCGGAGGCCUAUCUGUAUUGGGAGUCUUCAUCAUCACUGAUACUGAUGCCAAGGACACAAUAACCACACUCCGACAGCUGGUGUUUGCGGUGGACAACCUGAUCUCCUCAGAGUACCCCUGGAGCCCUGAAGAUGAUGAUGUCACAGAGCGCGUCACACUGCACGUCAACCCCAAAAUCAGAAAAACUAUCUGCAGAACCUUUGAUGUCAAAGAUCCCAAGAGCAUCCCCAAGCCCGCAGACUGGAAGUACCAGUCAGGUGUGUGUUCUUCCUGGACCAUGGUGUCAUGUUGUUUAAAUGUGGACAUGUUGGUACCCCUACCAGUCAACACAACCGGUACAGAAAACAUGGAUAAAUGUCUUAAGGAGGAACUCAAAGUGUGGGCACAACAGAUUCAGAGUGGAGUUUGUCUGAUCGAUGGAAAAAAGCUACCAGAGGACGCAGAGCUGACAGCCGGACAGAGGAGGAAUGUGAGACAGGUAUACACAGCUCAGCUGCUCCUAACACCAGAUGACCAGAGGUUAACAGAUGUGGUCCACCGCUGUGGAGGCAGUGUGUCAGUCAGAGGAGCGAUCCACAGCAGAGCUUACCUACACAGCAACAAGCCAAAGGCCAGGCUAGCCGAAAAGCUGCUGAAAAGGGAUGUGGUUUCUACGGUGGCCACGAGGGUUCAGAUGCUGCUAGAGGAGCUGCUGGUAUCAGAGGAGGAGAACAAGGGCAGCAGCAAAGGCAGACAAGAAGAGCAAUUCUGUCUCCCUCGCCGAAUCUUCUGUCCUAUAAAAGUGAGUGGGCCCGUGUGUGUGUGCGACUACCAGUUCGGUGACGAGGGACAAUCUGAGGUGACUGACAGGCUGAAGGAAAUGCUGGACAUUGACGCAGCUGAGGAAGACUUGGACACCAGGCAGGAAGUGUCUGCUGAAAUCGUAGAGACAGACAUUGCAGCAGAGCCACCUGCUGAACUUGUUGAAGCCCUUGAACCCAAGAGGAACAACUAUGUUGGUGUUGCCAUGGCUACUGCUGUCGCCCUACUUGCCACUGCUGCCUCGAUGCUCUAUCUCAAUGACAUGUAAUACACUCAUAUGCAAAUAAAACAUAUGUUAAAUAAAGAU